UCCAUAUCAUACCCGCCAAAAUCUCACCCUCUCCCUUGUACAGCUUUGGGAAGUUUCUCGUAUUAGUUUCUGACUCCGAAGCCAUUUCUUUUUCUGGGUUCUUGUUCUUUUAGUUCAAGAAAAAGAGAGAAAAAAAUCAUCACCAACUUUGCAUGAAUGAAGAGUGAGUAAGAGUAAGGAUUUUGGAUUGUUUUUCUUCUUUUUCUGGGGUUGAAAAGUGAUCAUAUAUAUGGGUUCGUUAAGAAAAGUUGGGAAUGGUAAUUUUGAUUACUCGUUUAAGAUACUUUUGAUUGGUGAUUCUGGUGUGGGAAAGAGUAGUAUUUUGCUCAGUUUCAUCUCCAACUGUGUUCAUGACCUUUCACCCACUAUUGGUGUUGAUUUCAAGAUCAAGCUGUUAUCAGUUGGUGGAAAAAGAUUGAAGCUUACAAUUUGGGACACAGCGGGACAAGAGAGGUUUGGCACAGUAAUAAGCUCUUAUUACAGAGGUGCGCAUGGAAUAAUUCUUGUUUAUGAUGUCACACGACGUGAGACCUUCAUAAACUUAUCAAAUACAUGGGCAAAGGAGGUAGAGCUCUACUCCACUAAUCAGGACUGCAUCAAAAUACUAGUAGGGAACAAAGUUGAUAAGGACAAGGAAAGGGCAGUGAGUAGAGAAGAGGGGAUUGCUCUUGCUCAGGAGCACAAAAGUUUGUUUCUUGAAUGUAGUGCUAAAACAAGGGAGAACGUUGAACAAUGCUUUAAAGAUCUUGUGCUAAAGUUUACAGAUACUGGAAGUACCAAAUUUACUGGAAAAUGGAUCUGCAGUAGUUAAGAGACAAACAAUGAAGCAGAAGCAAGGACACAAUUCAUCUCGAGGCGGUGGCGGUUGCUGCCUUAACUAAAUUGCUCCAACAAAACCUUGGUAGAUACAAAACUAGUCCUCGUAGAGUUGUAAACAAGUUGCCUUUAAAAGUGGCAAAAUGGCUAUUGGGUUGGAAGAAUAUCUCUCAUUCUUCAUAGCGAGCCAGUCUAGAUGACUGUUCUUCAAAAAGUCUUCUGGAGCAGUUUUCAGGAAUUUUAUUAAAAUUUUGGUACAUUUUGGGUCUAGUCACGUUUGUAGUUUGUACAUAUAUGUUUCUUUUGUUUGUAUGUAGUUGUAUAGGCUGUUUAAAGAGAGUUAUUUAUUUUGUUUGUGAACAUUUGAAAGAAAAGUGGGGUGAAUAAAUCAAUACAACAAUGAUUUUGUAUCA